AUGCCAAGCACCUUCCCCGACUUCGUCUCGUCCUCAGCAUCCCCCGAGACCGGUUCCUCCUCCUCCUCCUCCCUGACGAUGGCCCCCCCCGCCGCCAAGGAGAUCGCCGACCCCGCUGCUCUUGCCGCUGACGUCGACGCCGAAGCCGCUCUCGCUGCCGCUGCCGCGGCCGACGCGGACCCGGCCGCCCCGGAGGCCGAGCAAUCGCCCGCCGGCGGCCCGGCCCCCCCCGAGCCAGGCGCUUCUGCCACUCCGUCCCCCCCUCCCGUGUGUGCGGUCGACCACCCCGAGGUCUCCCCUCAGCCGGACCGGUGCUCGCCCCCGCCGGAGCCCGUCUCCCCCGCGGAGCAGCCGGAGGAGGCGAAGCAGCCCGGGCAGCCGGAGAAGGCUGCCCAGUCGGAGAAGGCUGCCCGCCGGCAGCAGCAGCAGCAAUCGCAAUCGCAGCAACAGCCCCGACGCCAGCGCCAGCGCACGGGCCAAGCCCCGGCCGCCGACGAGCCGGACACCGCUCCCGGCGCGCAAAAGUACUUCAUCGGCCAGGUCCCACGCAGCCUGGACAGCCGCGGCCUGAUGGCUGCCCUGUCGCAGGAGCUUCGUGCGGUCGGGGCCCCGGAAAUUGGCCAGCGCAUCGUCGACGCGACCAUCGUCCGCGAUCGGGUCACCGGCAACCACCGCGACAACGCGGCUACCAAGCUCUUCAUCGGUCAACUCCCCCGGACCCCCUACCCUUCGACGCCGCCCUGCUCGCUGACCGUGGCCCUGCGAGCCCUCUUCACCACGCACGGCGGCGAAACCCCGCAGGAUGUCAUCGUCAUGCGGACCGUGCACAAUCCCUCCCUGCCGCAGGACGCCCCGGAUGCCCAGCGCAACGGCCUCGGUCGGGGGUGCGCCUUCGUGGUGAUGGCCUCCACCGAGGGCGCCAACCGGGCCAUCAAGGCCCUCAACGGGACCAUGCUCCCGGCGGCUCUCUUCGGCCAGGAUGCCCUGGACGUGGUCAACCGCGACCGGGCCAGCCGUGCUGAGGAUGCCGACCAGGAGCCCCUCGUCGGGCCGUUGGUGGUCAAUUUCGCCGCCAGCCACCAGCCCCGGUCGGCAGGCCGGCACCAAGCCCCGGCCGGGUCCCAGCACCACCCGGCUCCCGGCUCCUCCGGCGGGGCCUACCAUCAUCACCAUCAUCAUCAGGGCUCCGCCGGCCCCGGUGGCGGCAACUACCACCAUGCAUACCAGCACCACUCGUCGCAGCAUGCCCCCGGGCGUGGUCAUCACCACCAUGGCCACUACGGCGGCUCCGGCGGUGGGCCAUCCUUCCGCGGGGCGCCCUACCGCGGGGUGUCUGGCCCCGGGAGACACUCGCAGCGUGGCGGCCCUCGCGGCGGCGGCGGCGGCGGCAACACUGCCGGUGCUCCUGGCGGUGCCCAUCCCCAUGGGCCCUCCUCCAGCAACUAUCACUCCCCCUCGCCCCCGCCCUCGGCCACCGACGGGGGGUAUUACGGUCCUGGGGCCGGGUAUGACCCGGCCACCGCCGAUGGACAGUACCAGCCACAGGCUGCCCCCUCUUCGCGCCGGGGCGACUCGGCGGCGUAUGCCGGCGGUUCGGGCCCCCGGCGGGGGAGUUUCUCUUCCGGCGGCGCCUGGCGUGCCGGCGGCGGCGGCGCCCAUGCAUACGAUCACCCCCCCGCUUCGGGCGCCAGUGGCUACCAGUCCUCGGGCGACCCGGCGUAUCAUGGCGGCGACCCGCGCUACAGCGGCCCCGGCUCUGGCCAGUACCACGGAGCCAUGGGCGGCUCGGCGGCCGGGCCCGCCUCCAGCGGCACCUAUGCCCCGGCAUACCACCACGACCACCACGCCGGCCCCUCCUCGCACUACGGGCACAGCCAGCACCAUGGGGCUGGGCCCGCCGCUUCGGGAGGCGGCCCGCCGAUGGCCCCAUCGGCCGGGCACCAUUCCCUGUCAUCCUCCGGCCAUCACGCCCAUCGUGGUGGCGGCCCGGGCGGGCAGCAGCCGCCCCCCGGCGGACCCGUCCCCGCCGCAGGUUCAUACCCUGGCUACGCUUCACACCACCACUCGGUGUCGGGGCCAUCAUCCACCGCGGCCUCCGGCGCCUCGACCUACGACCACCACCCCUCGCACCACUCUCACCACUCGGCCGACCUUUACCGGUAAGGCCCGGUGGUUUUACCGCCAGCCGGC